GGGGCUGUCAUUUUCUAAGUCGCCGAGUCCAUGAAGGUUGUUGUUGUCGGUUCCGGCAUUGGCGGUAUCUCCGCCGCAUAUCACUUGGUCAAGGACGGCCAUGAGGUGAUCUUGCUUGAAAAGGAAGACUACUUUGGCGGACACACGUACGCAAUUGAAGUGGACGGGGAAUCGGUCGACUUGGGGUUCAUGAUGUUUGGCGACUCGAACCCGAACAUCAAGGCAUGGUUCAAGCAGUUCGGGAUCACGAAGGAAGACGGGACGACCAAGACGCGCAUCCCCAUGUCGUUGUCCGUGGACUCGGACGUUCCCGGCGACAUGCAGUUCUCAUCACGCAAGCCGUUCGGCUCUUUUCGGGAAUUGUUUUCGCUGAAGAAGUGGCAAGUCAUCUACGACAUCUUCAGGUUCACCGUGGACCUCUUGACAAUGCCCGUAAUGUCCAACAUUUCGACGGAGGAAUGGGCCGCCUCUGGUCGGUACUCCAAGGCGUUUUUCCGCCACUACUACCUCCCGUUCGUCUCAAUCUUGUGGACCGUGCCCAAGCACGACGUGAUGACGCUGCCGGCUUCACAAUUCCUCCGUUGUUUGAAGACGCACUCCAACUCGUUGUACAUUCCCUUGUGGCAAGUCAUCAUGGGUGCGCUGGGACGCCGCGUCGACCGCCCCAAGCACUUGUGGUGGUACAUUGGGUCAGCGUACAAGGCGCCGUUUCUCAAGUACUUUGAAUCCAACGGCGGGGUCCUCAAGACGAAUGCAAAGGCCACGUUGGUCGAGGAAGGUGGAAAAGCUGUCGUGCUCGAGUCGGGCGAGCGUAUCGAGUGCGACCACGUUGUGCUGGCGUCGCACGCCGACGAAAGCGCUGCCUUGUUGCCGUGGAGCAAGAAGAACAAGCUCAUGGACUACUAUUUCCACAAGAGCCACAUGUACGUCCAUCGCGACCCGUCGUUCUUGAGCAAGGACAAGGGCGCGUGGAGCAGCUGGAACGUCCGCAUCAUGCAUGACGACCAGUAUAUCUUGACGUACUGGAUGAACCGCAUCCAAAAUCUCAAGUCGAACGACAACGUGUUCGUGACCAUCACGCCAGGCGACUACAAGGGUCGCAAGCCCGAAAACAUAGUGCAUGACUUUCCGUGGGACCAUCCCCGCCGCCUCGCCGACUGCCUUCCCCAAGACGAAAUCAUCCAAGAGGAAGGCAUCACACUCUCUGGAGCGUGGCUCGGCCGUGGUUUCCACGAAGACGGUUUUGUCGCCGGUCGCCGUGCUGCCGCUAUCGUCAACGACAAGAAGCACACAAAGACCGUGCUGUACGAAGACGACGGCAACAUUCCCGUUCCGCCUGUGCCUCCCUUUGGCAUGCCGCUGUCGGUGUCGGCGUUCUUUGCGUCCGUCGCUGCUGCCGCCGCGUUUGGUGUAUACAAGAUAGCCGAACACUACACCAAGUGAAUCACGCCCAAUUCUAGAUUGCACGUAAUUAAUCCACCGCAUAUGUAUGAAUAUUCC